GGCCAUGGCCUUCGACCACGGAGGAGCCCUGAGCGAGUUCAUGAGCGUGACGCGUGCGGCUGAACUCCUCACGCAGAGGUGUGAGGAGCAGGGGUGUGUGUGCGUCAGCGGCCGGGUGAGCAUCGUCUGUCCUCCGCUGGUGAUCCGUGGGAGAAUGCAGUUCUUCUGCCUCGUCCUCAGUGGAAGCAGGAUCUUCAGUGCCGGUGUCAUGCUCGGGAAUGGGGUCACAAAGAUCUUGAAUGCAGAGGCGGGGCUUUAUGAGAUUGACGGACAGGUGGGGCUUUGUCUAGCCUAUCAGCCGGCUCAGAAAUGCUGCGGCGGCUUGAGGCCGGGGGCGGAGAUUCAGCUUCACAACGUUCACUUCCUGUACCGCGCGUCUCCGUUCGCUCCUCACGUGGUUCUGUGUGCGUGUCUGCGCUCCAGCCUGCAGGUCACUGCCUUCAGCCGCCUGAGUUCAAAGGUGGAGGUGUCGGGGUCACACGGGCCGCUGCAGUGCCUCCUGCUGGAGAAGAAUCUGGGGCGCGCGCGUCAGUAGUAUCUCUGGCUCUGCUACUGUCAGAACGCCGUCGCUGAUGAGUUGUGUCCACGCUGGGUGAGAGCGGAGCGAGUGUGUGUGGUUGCUGAGCGGCUGCUGGACUUUGUGUGUGACGCUGAACAGAAGACCCAAAAAAAGAGAAACAUUUACAGAGAGAUGAUACAGGAGCCACACCAGUGCCCUGUUACUACGUUCUGUGUGUGGUGGCCGUCUGCGCCGCUGUGGUCAGUAAGGCAGCUGUCUGAUUGGAUGAGGCGUGAGGUUUGGGCAUCUCUCUCGCUGCCGUCUCUCCUGCCUCCGUCUGCGGCUCACAUGACGGCGCUGGAGCUGAACGCGGCGCUGUCCUGGUCCGUUCAUGAGGUCCCGCUGACAGACGUGUCCCCAGAGCCACUGCUGUUGGUGGGGGUCCUGGAGCUGGACUCGACCCGCGCCACACUGCAGCUCAGAGACCAAACACACGCGCUCAGCUGCCUGUGUGUCUCAACCCACCAAUCAGGAGCCAGGACCGCACACAUCAACACCGCCUGGCAGGGCUGUCUAGUGUGUGUGCGGCGGUGUACAUUAGUCAUGGAGAGGUUCAUGAAGACAGGUUUCCCUUCCUGGAAACACCUGGAUCAGCCGACUUACAUCACACACAAACACUGCAGGGUUUAUCUUCAGCUGUGUGUGGAGGAUCUGACCAUCAUCAGUCCGUCUGCUGCCAUGAGCUGCCGAGAGAAACCCAGCGACGGCCCCGAGAGCGCUAAGAGACCCCGAGCCGACGAGGCCCCCGAGCGACCUCUGACCCCCGCGGCGUGCGUGAGUGUGCUGCUCAGACUGGAGUCCAAGCAGGGCGUGACGCUGCAGAACGGCUCCGCUGACGCACUCGGACUGCAGCCGGGCUUCGUGUGCAGAGCCGCUUGUCUGGGAGACGUUCAGUGCUGGAGCAGCGAUCCCAGAAACAGCCGGACGCAGGAGCGCGAGCGACACGGAGACGCUCAGGAGAUUGACCUGCACUUCAUGGGUUCGUGUGUUCGCUGGUUCCCUGUCCUUCAUCCUGGAUGUGUGUACAGAAUAAUCGCACGCAACACUGAGGAUGUGAGUGUGUUAAAAGCCAAAGGGGUUUCAGCGAGGGGCGGAGUCACACAGCUCAGUAGCCCCGCCCUCCUGCUGCAGCCACAGUGGCGCAUUCACACAAUCACAGAAGAGCUGCCUGACGCACAGUCAGCUGUUUCUGCGCUCAUGAGUGUAUCUGAAUCUCAACACAUCAACAGAGUGUUUGUGUUUUACAGCUCCGCCCCUGAGAUCGUCUCCUUUUAUGGAGUCAUUACUCAGCGAAUCACGUUGCAGGAGGACAACGGAACCAAACCCAAGAUCCAAUCGCUGACGGCUGCUGGAGAUGCUAGCGUUGAGCAGGACCUGCGGCUGCGUUUGACCGUCCAGGACGCUGAGUGUCCAGGUCAUGUGAUUGACGUGUAUGUGGAUCUGUCGUCAUUUCAUCCCAGAGUACACAUCUCACUCUCACUGAUCGCCGGAGCCGCGGUUUCUGUCCAUCACGUUCAGCGCAGAGUCUCCAGAGCGUGUAAUGUGUACUGCCGCUCUCUGCCCAUCAGCUGUGUGAGUGUCACUGAUCUGACGUCAGUCCGUUCAAGGUCAGCUGUGGCUCCGUCUCCUCCUCCCAUGAUGCUCUUGGGCGAGUGGGCGUCGGGCCGGGCUCAGCGCUGUGUGCUGGCUCAGGUCAGAGGUCAUGUGGUGUGUGUGUUGUCUCUGCGGCUGCAGUGGACGUGUUCUCUCUGCGGGAGCAUCUUCAGACAGUCGUCCUGUGGAAGAACUCACCCGCCGUGUGACUCGACCAGCGCAGUGUUUCAGACCGAGGCCAAGGUGGUGCUGGAGGACAGCUCUGCUGACGCUCACGUCUGGUUCUCGUCUGAUACCGUCUGCGAUCUGCUGAAGUUGAAUGCGGGUCAGUGGGAGGGGCUUCAGAGGCACGUCAAGGUCAAAGGUCAUGUGAAGGUGUACACGCGCGGACGCAACAUGACGUGUGACGAGGAUCCUGACGAUGCUGUAGUUCAGUAUCUGAGCUGUUUGUGCUCCAGCACCGCUGUGUGUCGACCGAUUCACCUCACCUGCCGACUGCGAGCUCAGAGAACAGGGAAAUCUCAGCUGAGGAAACUUCAUCGAGGACAAACUGAAUUCAUCUGCAAAUUCACACCUGCACUGCAGUUACACUGCCAACGUGUACACACACACUAAACACACACACACACACUCUGAUACACAAUGACGGCACGCAGCAGACCUGUGUCAUGUGAUCAGACGCUGCUCACUGUUUUGUGUGUUUGAUGUUCUGCUGCUGUUUUGCAGCUCUUCACAAAAUUCUACUGUAAGCUAAAGCUCUUGUUCAGAAACUGAAAUAAACAGAAUUAUGUUUCA